CACGCCUGAGAUGUUAACCAACGUUUCCUGACGGCGAUAUAUUGAAGAGCGCACAUAGAAACCAUUUGAAUAGCAGAAAAUAAUUAUACGCCGCGUGAGUCAUCCGGAUGAAGUCGAGGGAAGCUUUGGACCCCAAGCCGCGGCGUAGCACAGCGAUCUUGCCGCAUAUAUAUCUCAAUCGUGAGGCCGUAUGAGUUGUCUUACAAACAGAAACUAGCCAUGUCAACGAUAAUGGAGGACUCUAAUGCCGGAGAUAUGGCGAAUCAUGAAUACCCCCGCGACAAAACGCGGCCUAUGCACAUUCUCCAUCUUCCAAUGGAUAUCCUCCUUAGUAUUUUCGACCACGUCCACAAUGAUAGAAACAUAAAAUUGCACAUUCGCCGCGAUGACCACGACAUCAAAACCAUUCAAAGCGCUCGUCUUGUCUGUACUCUCUUCAACCGCCUUGGAUCGCCGUUUCUAUGCCCAAUCCUCACGGUGCAACUAGAUCAGGCAUCCCUUGACUGCGCAGAUAAGAUUUCAAGGGCACCGCUCAUUGCAGCGGGGGUCCGCAGCAUUGAUGUCGUGCUCCACUACUGCCCGAAAGAACUUGCAGAGGACCUGUCACGGUACAAAAACCAGCGGGAGAAUGACCUAAAUUCACUGAGCAGUAGCUGUGACUACCAGGCUGAGACGUGGUAUCUAGGUGGACACGAUCCCGAUGAUGAGACGGUGUGUGAACAGCCUCUAAGGGUGUAUAAUAAGGCGAUGGCAGAUUACAGCGCUAUUAUCUCAGCGUGGGAUGAGUAUAUUGGCCAGCCGGAUGUGGCUUCGACGGACGAGGAUACGCUUAAGUAUCAGGAGAUCCUCCGGCAGGGUCACGAAGAGUAUAAGCAGAAGCACAAAGAGCAGUUUAGACUGAUCAUGGACGGGUCUUUCGUUGAGACCUUGGCGUUGGCGAUAUCCCGGAUGAGACAUGGCACUUCUUUACAUUUCGUCGACGAAAUAGGUGGCUGGGAUUACCUGAACCGAUGUUCAGACGACCCAACUCGUAUGUCAACCCACCCAGACGAGCUGCCCCGACUUAUGGCCAUUCCGUUGGACUGGCGGACAAUUGAAAAUCUUGAAGGAGGGGCAGAACUCUUACCCGCGAAAAUCCUUUCUGAGCUACCAAUCGCCAUCCACAAAGCAGGCGCAACCGUCCUCGACAUACUAAUCCGUUGCUUCCCGACCGUAAAAAAUUACUCCAUGAUUCGCCCUAGCCAUGACCCAAAUAACCCCUCCUGGCCAGACCUCCGCUCUGCAAGCCAGCACCUCACGGAAUUCUUUUUAAGUACAAACCAACCGCCGAUCCGCGACCGCCAUCUCCGACCCGAGGAGCACUGCCCCAUCGACCAGUACCUCUGCGCUAUUCUCUCUGGGCAUGACAUCGAAGACGUACGCCUCUAUUUCCACGGAUCAAAUGUUAACGACGGCGGCUUGUAUCGCAUAGGUACCAUCCUUGCCACCGCUAAUUGGCCGCGCCUUAAGCGAUUCUCUAUCUCGGACGUCUCGUUAGACCCGGGCAAGCUAGAAAAUUUCUUCCGCAAGCUGGAUGGUAGCAGGAUGGAGCGAGUCUACCUGCGCAAUGUGGAGUUGCUGGAUGGGAACUGGGCAGGGGCGCUGGAUCUACUACGCGAGAGGGUGGCGUCAAGGUGCCUGGAUGGAAAAUGUGAAGUCGAAAUUAGUAAGCUUAAAGGGGGGGGGUUUGGAAAAGGGAUAUUAACAAAAAACAACUCUUCGCUUUGGUUCAGUGGUGAGGAGUCAGAUGAGGAGGAAGAUGAGGGGGAGAAGCUCAUUGCGCAGGCGCAAAGUUAUGUCUCGGGCGCUAGAUUACAGCACCCGCUAAGGGUUGAGUAAUGCUAGACCGUACAGCCGCCACAAGGCUGAUGACGAUCUCCUGCAUCGUAGUGGGGCCUUAAAGCUUAGAUAAGACUCUCUUAUGGGUAUUAGGAGUGAUAAGAGUUCGUGGUGAUGCUGUAGCUCGAGGGGUUCUAUUAUGCUUCGAAUUGAUGCCCUCCGUAAUCAGGCGCAACAGCGACGACGUGAUCGUAAAUUUUAGAGUAGCCGGGGUUUGGACUGUUUAGGAGUAGCCACACAACACGACUGACACAAAAAUACUAGAAUUUUCAAUGGACUCACAAAUUUAGAAUCAAUUGAAUUCAAAGUACUAG